CACCAUCAAUAUAUGUAGCUUAAAUCAUGACACUACACAUUAACCUUGCUUGAGAGGUGAUGAUGGGUAGUGGAUGGAGGAAGAUUGCUUUUUACCAGCAGAUGGAAUCCUGUCUCCACUAUGACUAAAGAUCUGCAAGUCAGGCAUAGGUCUACUGUAGUCAGUCACCUGGGCACCCAGCCAGACCCACACCACCAUAACCCAGACCUGUAAUUUUAUUUAUUCAUUUAUUCAGGGAAAACCAAUGAGACCAGGGUCACAUCCCCCAGGGUGCCCUGGUUUACAGUACUACAACAAUCAAAAACGAUGUGAAACCAAACAGCAAUCAAUACAAUGUCAAAUAAAAUGUAAAUACAGCACAACGUUCCAUUCCUCAUCUACUAGGUCCCCAACACCCUAAACGGCACCAGAACAUCCAAUUGUUAUGAGUUCUGCAAAUUGUUCCAGCAGUGAGGCGCAUUAAAACUAAAAGCGGAUUCUCCUAAUUCGGUGGCGACCCGAGGAACCUCAAAGAGUUAACAAACCUUGUGUAAUAGAGCUUUGUAAACAAUGAAGGGAAUAAGGAAGUGAUCUACAGGACUUUAAUGAGGACCAGACAACCUUUAAUACAGGAUGUAGUGAUGAGUAGGAAGUGAUCUAGGGGACUUUAAUGAGGACCGGACAACCUUUUAAUACAGGAUGUAGCGAUGAAUAGGAAGUGAUCUACGGGACUUAUGUAGUGAUGAGUAUUAAAACUGUCACCUGUGAUAAAAACCAAUGGCACUCUGGUAGACUGCAUCCAAAGGUUUAAGAGUAGUGGCUGCUGCAUUCUGGUAAAUGGUGUCACCGUAGUCAACAACUGUAACAGUCUUGUUAUCUAUUGUCUAGUCUCAACAUGUAUUAACAAGAACAUGAGUAUUCAUAUAAUUCUUAGAAAUUCUUUACAUUGUUACAUUAGCUGAAAUGCUCAGUGGUAGUUGGGUAUAUACACUUUACAGUUAGAAAUAUGUUGAAACUGUAUCCAUCCUUAAUUAUUAAAUAUUUCAUAGUGCACCAUGGCUUUUUCUGCCCCCAGGUUAAACACCUGUUAGGUUUAUGCUAUACUAUGGUGUUGAGUCACUGGACUUUGACCAGAUAUUAUUGCAUUCAAAAGAUCAACUGUAACCUAGAACGUAGAUACUGAGCACUCGUCAUCAGGAAGUAAAUAUCUCAAUGUCUUGACAUGUUCUGGUUGUGAAUUCAGGCUACAAGGUAAGACUUCUGCCAGGGCUUAUUGUAAAGUGUGUAGGGAAAUUAAAUGUAUGGUGAUAUUUUAGUAAAGUGAAUGACAGGAACAGUCUAUUUCACCUGAGACAGGCACUGUUCAGUCAUACAAAAUGGCAGUAAUCGCUCACGGGCAAGUCAAAUUCAAAGACAUAUUGUUAAUAUAUUUCUACAUCAUGGUUAUUAUACAAUUUGUUCAUCUUUAUAUAUUGUAGUUUUUUUUUAAAUGACAAUAAGCUCCUGCUUCGUGUUAUUUGGUAUGAAACCCAUUGCCCAUACUUUUCUUAACAUUGCUAUUAUGAUUAGGCUGAUGCUACAUCAUUUGAGUCCCCUGGAAUUCCUUAAUAGCAUACCUGCUGACCAAAGCAACACAAUAGAAGGAGAUGAAUGAUUUAAAGACACCGUGAUGAGUUAUUCGUAGCCCCACUAAGGCCAGAGGGCUAUCCUACGAAGCACUAGAUCUCCUCAGGAUUGUCUGAAGCCAAUCAGCUAUACAUUAAUUCCAGCUCAGGUUGGUUAACUCAUCCGUACAACAAACGGUGGAUAUUGCUCGCCCGCCUGCGGCUAACUAACUCUAGCAGGCGUGUAACUACGCCUAACGAAAAGGCGGCUACAACUUCCACUCGGUUGAACUCGUUGCAUUUCACCCAGAGGAAGUCCGUCUUGUGUAGUGUAUAUCCACUAGGGGGAUAUUUCUGCAACAUCUUGCUAAAUUAGUUGUGGCCAAAGGAUUUUCUACAAUUUCAACAUGCGCAAAGCUAGCAGCACAGUCACAUUGGCUAGCUAGCAACAUGACAUCGUUAACAUUCUGACGGCAGUGGAAACGCAAUUCGAGCUAGAAUACCAAAACCAGCCCGGGUUGACUUCAGAGUGCCAGGCUGUAGAUAUUGCUGUUUCUUCCCCCCUUGUCGGAUUCGAACAGAGCUACAAAGCAGUUACACUUCUGACACCACCUAAAGAAAAGCGAGGUUACCGCGGAUCCAAUUCAAUCCUGGCAGGAAUGGAGAAGAGGGGUCAGUGCUCUAAAAUGAGUCUCUCAGGGGAACUUGACACGGAAGCUAACAGUGGAUGGUCUACUCUGUCAGAGGAUCAGUCCAGGUGUGCAGUGUGUGAGCAGGUGCUGACAGAUCCAGUCUCUAUCACCUGUGGACACAGGUUCUGCAGACAGUGCAUCACCAGAUACUGGGUGCAGCCUGCUCCUUCAGGACACUAUGGCUGUCCUCGGUGUAGAAAGAGGUUCAGGACACGUCCAGUUCUACUGCAACUGGCUGAACACAACGAUGACGCGAGAGGCUCUGAAAACAGUGUGAAAGGGCAGGUGUUGGACACAGAGGGAAACCCAUUACAGAAUGCUCUGGUGGAGGUGGAGGGGAGACAGAACCUCUGUCCCUUCAGAACGGACCGCCAUGGAGAGUACUACAGACUGCUGCUGCCAGGCAACUACACCUUUACGGUGACGUUCCCGGGCCACCAGGUGUUGACGGAGACGAUGGCGGUCCCGUACGGUCCCGACUCAUUCUCGGCCCUCGUCCACAACUUCCAGCUGCAGAGGUCCGCAUCCACCACCCCUGGCCCCAGCCACCCCACCCAGUCCUGCACCCCACCCCAGGUCUGGAGGCCCCUGGGUGGCCACUCUCACAGCCUGGGCCCCUCGGGUGUCACCAUCCUCCUGGGUCUCCAGGUUCUCUGGAAUACCAUGUUACUGUGACCGAGAGAUGGGUCACGUCUCAAAUGGAACCUUAUUUCCUGUAUAGUGUAGGGCUCUGGUCGAAAAUAGUGCACUAUAUAGGGGAUAGGAUGCCAUUUGGGACGUAUCCAUGGAGACGGACAGACAGACUGACUGAGAUGGGAUCUCCCAGUCCAGAGACUUGGGACAUAUCCAUGGAGACGGACAGACAGACUGACUGAGAUGGGAUCUCCCAGUCCAGAGACAUUGUCUUUUUUUCAGUAUUUUUGUACAAACAAAAAAAUCCUAUAUAUAUUUUCUUGUAACACUUUGCAUUGCUCUACCUUGCACAAACACGUGAGCCAUUUUGUGUUUUUUUUUUAUUGUAUGUUUUGUAUUGAUGCUUUUAGUUUUUUUUUUAUAUUGUGCUGAAAGAAAGCAAUACUGCCAGCCAGCAAUCUGUCAUGCCAAGAUAAGAAGAAGAGACAAAAGACAAGGGGGAAGGAAGGUUGUUGAGGACAAGGGGUAAGGAAUGGAGGGAGGGGUGUUGAGAAG